GAAAUUCAUUCAGUUCGAAAUCUUAAUGCAGAGACUCAACGUGGUUUUCGGGGACAUACAAGAGCUUUUUUUUUUUUAAUUAUUCGCAGAAUAUAAUAAAAUUACGUGCAUUUUAAAUAAGUUUUUGUACGGUUUCUAACAACACAUCUGCAUAUAUACAUACACACAUGUAUGUAUGUGCCCUAGUACAAAGAGUGAUCGGUGAUUAUAUUUGAAUUCGAAAAAUUCGGUACACCUUUGCAGCGAAGCAGUUUUCUUUAUACAUACAAAAUGUUCCGGCAAUUCGUGGCAUUCACAAACCGAUAUAAAAUUGUGCGUGGCAUGCUCUCGUAUGCGAUUCUGUGGCCUUGUGGUUGUCUUAUCGAGCAAACCCUUAUCGAAAAGCGGACAUUCCGAAAUUACGACUGGAUGAAAUGCCUGAAGUUCAGUUUGUUUGGUGGACUUUUUAUGGGACCAACAAUAUACAUGUGGAUACGCCUAGCUGGAGCCAUGUGGCCCCGCACCGACAUUAAGUCAUCACUCUGCAAAGCCAUUACCGAACAGGCGGCCUAUGAUCCGUUUGCGAUAAGCACGUUCCUCUUUGUCAUGAGUCUAAUGGAUGGCCGAACGUAUGAGCAGGCCAAGCGGGAGGUUGGUGACAAAUUCUUCGAAGCGUACAGGGUUGGCGUAAUUUAUUGGCCCUGUGUGCAGACGGUGAAUUUCGCCUUUGUACCACCACGGAACCAAGUGGUAUUCACGUCGUUUUUUAGCAUGUGCUGGACAACAUUUCUGACAUACGUAAAGUAUUUGCAUUCACAGCCCGUCGAAAUCGAUCAUCAUAUUUUCGAUGUGCACAUCCAUUUCACGCACUAG